CCCUCCUCCUCACCACCACCACCACCAUAUAUUCCCUUGCACACACACGCAGUCAGGGCAGGCAGAAGCAGGAGGAAGACGAAGAGGAAUAUAUCUGAGUAGUGGAGUCCAAGGAAAGGAACCAACUGACCUUAGCUUAGCUUACCUUAGCUCAACCCCAAGCUUGAAGCUUCCACUAUAAGAACUCACCCAGCCACACGGCUACUUGGACGACGAAGCAGCAGCAGCAGCAGUAAACAGCAUCGCUCGCUCGUCUUCGUCGUCGUCGAUCGGCUCCGGUGAGGGUGAUCGGUCGCCGGCAGAGGCUUCUGAUGCUGGAGAGGCCGCCGAUCCUGAAGAGAUACCGCGCACCGGGGUGGGCAGUGGUGGCUCGCUGGAAAUGUCGUCGCAGCAGCAGCACGCCGGUGAGGCCCCCGCCUCCGCCGCCGCCGCUGCCCGGGCGCGGCUCAGGUGGACCGGGCAGCUGCACGAGCGGUUCGUCCUCGCCGUGGCGGAGCUCGGCGGCGCGGACAGGGCGACGCCCAAGUCCGUGCUGAGGGCCAUGGCCGUGCCGGGGCUCACCUUGUACCACCUCAAGAGCCACCUCCAGAAGUACCGGCAGGCGGUGAGCCGCGGCGGCAAUGGAGGCGGCGGAGGCAGCGGCAGCCUGAACGACCGGUCAUCCUCGUCGGAGCGCCAACCAGCCGACCACGACGGCGAUAGCGCCGCCGAUGAGCCGCGCACCAUUGCUUACGACGGCGACAGCGAUGGCGAUGCUAAAGAAGGUCUCCGUGAUUCAUCCAGGAGCAUGGUGCAGAUGCAGAGGGAAGUCCAGAGGAAGCUCCAGGAGCAGAUUGAGGUCAAGAGGCAUCUGCAACUGAGGAUGGAGGCACAGGGGAGGUACCUGCAGUCAGUGCUACGCAGGGCGCAGCAAGUCCUGGCCGACCAUAGCCUGGCAAGCUCGCCGGAGGCCGCCACGGCGGAGCUCUCGGAGCUCGCCUCCGCCGUGGACAUCGAGUGCAUGUCCUCCUCCUCCCCGCCGCGGCACCACCGCCAAUCCGCCGCAACCGACAGCUGCGUGACUACGACGUCGUCGUCGGAGGCCGAGAGCAAGGCCGCCGGGUCCAAGCGGCUCCACACCAGCGAUUGCACCGUCGAGCAGCCGGUGCAGGGCAAGAGGGCCUUCAACUUCCUGCAAAGGCACAACCAGGCAGAUCAAGAAGAAGAACAAGAAGAAGAAUAUGCAGGAGCAGAGGAUGGAAGCUCAUCAGAGAUUGAUCUGAACAGGUAGAGGCAGAGGAGGAAGAGAAGCAGCAGAAGCAUCUGUGAUGAUGUGCUGCUGUGCAUUGCUGCAGUGGAUGAUUGGUGGGGUGGCCUUCAAGGCUGGGGCCAAGCAACCAGGCUUUUGAGCAAUGUCUGCCUGCUACUGCAACAGCUACUGCUGCUGCUACUCCUCAUUCUAUGAUGAUAUAUGUUUUACUUUAACUUAUAUAUAUAUAUAUAUAUAUAUAUAUAUAUAGCUAUGCAAGCAUCUGGUUCUUGUGUUUCACGUACCUGUAAAAAAAAAUGGAAUUCGAAUUGGUGGCUGGCCCAGCUGCAGAUGCAUGUGGCAUGCUUGAGGUGCAAGAAUAUAUAGAACUGUAGUAGUGUGGAUUAUGCAGCUAGUGAAUGAUGCUUUAGGGACCAAUGGGAUUUCCAUGAAAGAUGGAAUUGGUUUGCAGUGUAAUUUAAAGAGCAAGGUUGAUUUUUCACAGCUGAGCUCAGUGUGGAUCAAAGUUUAGUUACAGUGAUUGGAAGUUAAUAUGUUAGUAACAAGAGCAGUAAAUAAAUCAGUUUGCAGUGAGAAAA